UAUUCAACCAACGCCACCUCAUUUCACAAUAACAUGGGUCUAGUUGAUUAUUCGGAUUCCGAGUCGUCGGACAAUGAGCAGGUCUCAGAGACGAAGAAGCCCAGCAAGGGAUCAUUUCAAAAAGUGGUCGAUCGUUCAAAUCCAGGAAAGAUAAAGGUAUCCUUACCUACGACGACAGCGUCAACCAACGAUGAGCCGCCUGCGAAGCGCGCAAAGACGAGCGGUGGAGGCGCAUUCGGCGGAUUCAACUCCUUUCUGCCUGCUCCGAAAAAGACGGGGGCGGCUGCUCCAAAGACCUUGGGGGGUGUCGCAACGGGGAAUGGAAGAGGUGGCGGACUAGGCUCUGGGGUCAGCUUGAAGACCGGGGCGGCACCAGCAUUCAGUCGAAAUCCCGAGCCUAUCUACGAUGGCGGAGAUAAUUAUGAUGGUCAUGGAGAGGCAGAGGGCGGAGAGAGCAGCAUGGGUUUACCCCCACCACAUGCGUCAGCGCAAAUACCGGCGGCAGACGUGAAAUUGGUAGGGAAGCCAUUGAUGUUCAAGCCUUUGUCCGUGGCUAGGAAACCACAGAAGAAGAAGAAGCCAGUCAUCACACCUAAGACAGCAGAGGGGCCGGCUUCACAAGGGCCGUCGGAAAUGUCGGAGGCGCCGAAGGCACCACAGCCAAAAGUCUCGCUUUUCUCUGUGCCCCAGGACGCAGACGACGAUAUUGCUCCCGAGCGGAAGGGAGAGUAUCAACCUAUGUUAUACGGCGCAAAACCCGAAGAGGACGAAGAGCCUGAAGUCGUCAAAAACCCAUACUACGAAGAUCAAUACAACGACGCUGAAUCCCGUCACACCGUCCCGCGACCCGCUGCCCCAGCAGCUGCUCCAGCAUCCACAACCUCCAACUCCCUCGACAAUAUCGCCUCUGAUCUACAACUUUCAGCCUCAGAACGGCGCCAACUCUUUGGGCGGCAAGGCGCGCGAAAUCUCACCGCCAGCAAAGUUAUAAACUUUAACACAGACGAGGAGUACCGCAAAAACGAGGAACUGCGCUCUGCCGGCGAGCAGGCGGUGCACAAUCCCGUCCGCUCCAUUGCACCAGGCAAGCACAGCCUCAAGCAGCUUCUCAAUGCAACGGUGAGCCAGAAAGAAGCAUUGGAGGAGAGCUUCGCAAAGGGGUAUGCGAACCGGAAAGAAGCGAGUGGGAGGUAUGGGUGGUAGGCGUAUAGCCACAGAAGUUGCCAUAAUAGGAAGAUGUAUGGAUUAAAUAGACAUAAUGAUACCC